UAAAAUAUGAAAUUGACAUACAUUAGUACUUCUAUCAAUUGUAUGAUCAACGUUAAAGGGUGUCAAGUGUUUAAUUGUACAACCUGGCAAUUUAAUUACAAGUAUUUAAAAUGAGUACUGUAGACUGGGAUGAAGUUAAAAGACUAGCAGCUGAUUUUCAGAAAGCUCAACUAAGUUCUACGCUACAAAAAUUAUCAGAACGUAAUUGUGUGGAAAUUGUAACGAAGCUAAUAGAGAGUAAAUUAUUAGAAGUAAUAUUCACCAACGAUGGUAAAGAAUAUGUUACACCUCAACAUCUUGGCAAAGAAAUUAAAGAUGAAUUGUACGUUCAUGGUGGAAGAAUCAACAUGGUUGAUUUAUCACAAAUCCUCAAUGUUAAUUUGUCUCAAGUAUCCAAAGUAGCAAAUGAUUUAGAAAAACAUAACAAAGGAUUAAAGAUAAUACUUGGGCAGCUUAUUGAUAAAACUUAUAUAAAGAAGAUUGCAGAAGAAAUCAAUGACAGAUUAAUCCAACAUGGGAUUAUCAAUGUGUCAGAAUUGACAAUAGAUUAUGACUUACCAGCUGAUUUCUUACAGUCAGUAAUUGAAAAAGAAUUAGGAAGAAACAUAUAUGGUAAGCAAGACCCCCAAGAUUCUAAAGUCUUUUAUACGGAAAGUUUUAUAGCUAGAAAUAAAGCAAAAAUAAGAGGAGCCUUAUGUGCAAUCACAAAGCCUACACCGCUAUCAGGAAUCUUAGGACAGUGUUCUGUUUCAGAAAGAAUAUUUUUUUCAAUCCUAGAUAACUUACAGGAAAUGAAACAAAUUCCUGGUGUAGUAGCAGGAAAACAAGGAACAAAUAGUGUAUAUAUACCAACUAUAUAUUCUAAAAGUCAAAAUGAAUGGUUAAAUAAUUUUUAUAAACAAAAUGGUUAUUUAGAAUAUGAUGCACUUACUCGUUUUGGGAUAUCAGAUCCACCAAAUUUUGUAAAGCGCCAUUUUCCAAAUGAAGAUUUAGUCUUCUUAGAUUCUGUUGCAGUAGGUGCAAAUAUUAGAGAUCAAAUAGAUGCAAAUAUUGAAGAAGCUAUUGCAACUGGAUCUUUUGUUGAUAUAAGUCCUCUUUUACCAUCUGUAUUUUCUGAUAAAGAUAUGGAAAUGCUUCUUAAAAUCGCGAAGAAUAAAAUAAAUAUGUAUAAUACGUACGUAUUUGCGAAAACUGUAGUAAUGUCUGAUGCAUUCUUACAAUCUUUAAGUAAGUCUCUUGAGCCAAUGGCAGAUGCAAAGGCUAGAGAAGCAUUAGUUAGUGGACAAUGGUUCCAAACGAUAGCAGAGAAUAGGAUUAAAUCUAAAUCAGCGGACUUAAUAUUUGAAAAUAAAGGAAAUAAAAAAGAAGAACGUCGGAAGAAAGCUACAACCGGCAAAGCAGGUGGUGGUAUGCAAGGGCGAGAAACAAAAACAAAAUCUACUAAAAGGAAGUAUCUACAAGGAAAAAAUCGCGAUCCUGAAUCCGACGAUGAAAAUAUAGAAGUCCCAUCGACUAAAACUGGACUUAAAAUAGUAUCUUUGGAAGAUAUUAAAAAUGAAAUUGCAAAAGAUGAUAAUUUAGUAAUAAUUGAUGACCUGGUAGAUGAAUUAGCAUCAUGCUUAGAACAAAAAGUAAACAAUUAUGCUAUAUCUAUUGCAGAACAGUUAGCACAAAACAAUAAAACUACAAAUUUAAGUGAAAUUGAAGAACGUUUAAAUGUUCUAGUAACAAACAUUAAAAUAUUUGACAAAGGUAUUAAGCAUAUAGAUAAAGCGGAUCAAGCUGCUUUAACAAAGUACUUACUAAAAUCUCUUGGUACUGAUUUUGUCAACGAGAUAUUUAAAUUAGCUGCGCAGCAAAGUAUGCUCCGAUUCCCUGACAAUAUUACCACUGAAACAAGGCAAAAACUGCUACUUGAUUUGCCAGAGGAUGUGAAUGAACCCUUAACUAAUAUACACAAAUCUAUUGCUGGAAAUUCCAUAGAUGAUUUUUUGAAUUUUAUAGAUGCAGCAAUGGCGAUUUGUUGUUUAGUGCUAAAAAAAUAUGAUAAAAGGAAAGAAAGACCAUUUAUCUUGGGCCACAAAGAAGCUUUAUUAGAAAAGCUUAAUGCAACACAAGAUCCUGCAUUAGCACUACAUUUAGUCACAAGUAUAUUAUUUAUUGCAGCAACACAAAGUGUAUUACAUAUGUCUGGAAGACAUGUAUCAACAGUUCUUUCAUUUCUUCAAAAACAAUUGCAACUUUCAACGAUGGAAAUAUUAUUUAAAUACCAUGAUAUGGUGCUGAAAAAUUUAACUUCUUUAGAUGAAGAAGUAAAACUUAAUACUCAGAAGGAAUUAGAAGCUGGGUUGGUAGAAAUUAAAAAUAUUGCAAAUAAUUAUAAACAACAUUUAAAAAGUGAUAAACUACAAGAAUAGAGAAUAAAUACACAUAAUUGUAUGUAAAUAUGAAUAUUAUUAAUUUGUAUAAAAAUGUAUUCAAGAGUUUUAUACUAUGUUUUGCACUGAAUUGCAACAAAUUGUAAAAAAAAUAUAAAAUAAUUGGAAUUUUAUUAAAACGAUUGUUCAUUUUUAUAUAAGUAAUAAAUAAUAUUCUUUAAUAUUUUA